AUGCCAUCCCAUGGAGGGCUGGAAAUUUUCCGCCUCCUGAUCAAGGCAGGGGCAGAUAUUUCCAUGCGAGACGAUAUGGGUAUCACACCUCUACAUCAAGCUGCGCGUGCAGGAGACUGUCCUAUUCUGGACAUGUUAAUGCAACACGGUGCAGAUGUAAAUUCACAAACGAAGAAUGGCCGUACACCCCUGAUCGAAGCCAUUGCUGUGGAUUCGGAUCGGAAGCCUCAUCUUCUGGUGACCACAAUGCUCCUAGAACGUGGAGCAGACGUUGGAUUGACGUCUAGCGACGGAAGGACCGUUUUGCAUGAGAUGGCCUCUAUGCCACAAAAGCGACUGAAUGAGUUGGAUAUCAAUGUGGUUUCUUUGCUGUUGGACAAUGGCGCGGAUCCCACGGCUCGAGAUCAUAAUGGUCAAUUGGCUUCGGACCUGGCUGCCAGAGAAUCCAAUACCAAGAUGGUACAGGUUCUUGAGAGAUGGGGGAUGGAGUGA